CGCUCAGCCUCGUAGCACCCCCAUCACUCCCUGCCCCCGAGCGCUCCCGACUCCAGCAUGCCGAGGGGCUUCCUGGUGAAGCGAACUAAACGGACAGGCGGCGCGUACCGAGUGCGCCUAGCCCACCGGGUCUUCCCCCUACCGGAGCCCCAGGGGGCGCCGCCCUUCGCCAAGGAGGCUUCCCGGGCCCCCCGGCCGGAUGCGGAGCAGGCGGCACCCUCUAGCCAGGAGCCCGGAAGGGGGCUGGAGGAGACGGCGGCCCGGGAACUGUCGGGGUCGCCUUGUCGGGCAGCUGGGGUGAGCCCGGGGGCGGGUGGGCGGGAAGGUGCCGAGUGGAGGGCGGAUGGCAGGGAGAGUCCCAGGCCCAGCUCCAGCCCUGCAAAGCCGGUGGGCGUGGAGCUGCGCCGGGCGUUUCUGGAGCGCUGCCUCCGCUCGCCGGCCUCCGCUGAGUCCUUCCCCGGGGGCGCCGCUGCCGUGGCCGCUUUCUCCUGCUCACUGGCACCGGCAGCCGCACCGACCUCGGGGGAGCAGUUCCAGCUGCCGCUCCGGGCACCGUUCCCAGAGCCCGCGCUCCAUCCGGACCCCGCGCCGCUCUCGGCCACCCUGCACAGCCUGAAGCGUCCCGCCACCGGCGAACGCCGCGCCAAGGCGCCUCCGGGCUGCGUGUCUGGGCCUGCGGCCGCAGGAGUCAAGAAGCCAAAGGCCAUGAGGAAGUUGAGCUUCGCUGAUGAAGUGACCACAUCGCCGGUCCUAGGCCUGAAGAUCAAGGAGGAGGAGCCCGGAGCCCCGUCCCGGGGUCUGGGGGGCAGCCACACGCCGCUGGGGGAGUUCAUCUGCCAGCUGUGCAAGGAACAGUACGCGGACCCCUUCGCGUUGGCGCAGCACCGCUGCUCCCGCAUCGUUCGCGUUGAGUACCGCUGCCCCGAGUGCGAUAAGGUCUUCAGCUGCCCGGCGAACCUCGCCUCCCAUCGCCGCUGGCACAAGCCGCGUCCCGCAGUGACAAACGCCGCCGCAGUCUCCUCGAUUGACGCGAAGCUUCCUCCUUCGUCCUCCCCGGAUUCCGGGGCUGUUGCUUCUUUUCUGGCGGAGGGGAAGGAGAACAGCCGGGCAGAGCAGACGGAAAAUCAGCACCUGCAGGCCAGGGACAGCUCCGGGGUGGAGCCGCGCCCAGAGGGCUCCCCAUCCCAGGGUCUCCAGGUGUUGUCCCACCUCGAGGCACCGCUGCCUCGGGUCCCCUACACGGAAGGGGUACUGGGGCGUCGACUGCCUGGGCCGGGCAGUGCCAGUGGUGCCGGGGGACCCGAGAUCUUCGUGUGCCCCUAUUGCCACAAAAAGUUCCGUCGCCAAGCCUAUCUGCGCAAGCAUCUGGGCACUCACGAGGCGGGCUCGGCCCGCGCGCUUGCCCCAGGCUUUGGCUCUGAACGCGGGGUCCCACUGGCCUUCAGUUGCCCACUGUGCGGGGCGCACUUCCCGUCCGCAGACAUCAGGGAUAAGCACCGGCUGUGGCACGCUGUCCGGGACGAGCUGCUCCUGCCAGCUUUGGCUGGGGCAGUCCCGGAAGCUCCGAGCCCAGGAGGGGCAGCCGACGGGAGUGCUCAGCAGAUUUUCUCGUGCAAGCACUGCCCGUCCACUUUCUUUAGCUCCCCGGGGCUGACUCGGCACAUCAAUAAGUGCCACCCCUCCGAGAGUCGGCAGGUGCUGCUGCUGCAGAUGCCACUGCGGCCGGGCUGUUGAGGGCCCGGAGACCCAAGUUUGCGAGGUUGGCCCCUGAGGAAACAGAUCAUGGGAAUUUCUGUAGGGCUCUCUUCAACUUGCAAGUUUACCUCAUGUCCUUCCUGUAUGUUCUCUCCUAAAAGUCUCAGUAGUCGAUGUUCUGACAUAGGAGCGGACAGCAAAAUGUAAACUCCCUUUCCAGAGCAGGUUAUGUAUAUGGAUGGUUAUAAACAUUCGAGGCCAAGGACUGCCAGCUUUAAAUCCUUCUCUUUCCCCAUGAAAAUAGGAUCCCCCUCGCCUCCCAAACUCUGAAGGUCCUAAUGAAUCCCAUAUGACUUGUAAUUCCUAUGGAAAGUCGCAGUGAAUGCGUGCAUGUCUCAAUGUCCACAGUCACUUUUUUUUUUUCCUGUUGUCAUCGCAGGCACCUAUUUAGUUUCUGUUUCAAUAGGGUCAGAUAUCUUGCAUUGUAUAUUCUGUGAAUUAAAAGUUGUGACUGGUGCCAAACUUUUGGGGUGGGGGGAGAUUCAAGACCUGUGUCUGUAGGUAGGAAAUAGGAUAUUUUUGCUUUGGGGGAUGUGGGGAUCUCCCUGUAAGCUUUCCUUUUCUCAGUAUUAGUCUUUUAAGUUAGUGUUUUGAGGUGGGGAGUGAGCUACUUGACAGGAAGCAGCUGACAUAUCCCCAAGAUUCUCACCUUUAGCUAUUUUGUGUGUAGUAGGCAGGAAGAGAUACUUUAAACCGGGGGAAAAAAAAAUAGCUUUUUGGGAAUAUAGAACUCAUUUCCUGAAGUUAAACUGUCUUAGUACGGUUUCAUUCAAAUUGUUUGAUACUUCCGUUGUAAAUCUUGUACUGUGUAUUAUAAAUUAAACUAUGUUCAGUUUAAGGAAGAUGUUAAUACCUAUAAUCCACAAUGGAGCUGAAUGGCAAGUCAUAAUAUCCAGUAUUUUCUUUUUUAUGUAAACCAUAUCCGGUGCACAUUCUGUACCCACGUCCUAAGAGCCAGAGUGUAGGACACUAGCUGAGUGAGUAUCGCUUGACAGACCGCCUGUGUUUAUAAGAUGCUCACCACCAAAUAAAUGUCCAUAGCUGGUGCUUUGUCGUGUUCUGUGUUUGUCUUAAGAAUUCCAUUAAACACAGCCUAUUUUUCAAAGCUACAUCUCCCCAAAGCUGGUAUCCUACUUUAUAAUUUUAGUGACCCACUUAGAUUACAGCCAGGAGAAAUUACAUUUUGUAAAUGAAUGUGAUGGUGAGGAAAUGCAAUGGAAAAAUUUCCUUUAAAGUAUGGCUGUGCAGAAAGAGCUCCAAAAGGCAAAGAAUAUGCACUAUUCUUUAAAGACACUUUACCACCCCAAAAUAUCAACAGAAAAAUAUUAAAAAAUUUUAAAAAAUCUAGUGGUUAUCUUAAGAUGAAAAUAAUCAUGUUAAUUGUGCUAAUUAACUGCUAUUUCAAGUUGGCAUUUUCACUCCAUUUUGUCACA